ACAGGAGUCACGCGAGGUCCCGCCUUCGGGUUAGUGGAUCGGCACUCUGACGUCAUGCAGCUCCUCCUGUUAUUAAAUACGGUCCCGAUAAUCUGCCCUCACUUCCAAAAAAUAAACGCUAAGAAAGGAGCUAACUUGAAACAUGCUGGCACCUGCUGCAGCUGUCCUGGGCUUUGCCCUGGCACUAACUGUGAACGUGGGCUCGGCACAACAGUCUCACGAUGGGAAGAACUGGGUCUUAAUUGUGGCAGGCUCCAACGGCUGGUACAACUACAGACAUCAGGCAGAUGUGUGCCAUGCAUAUCAAAUUGUCCAUAAGAAUGGCAUUCCAGAUGAGCAGAUUGUCGUAAUGAUGUAUGAUGACCUAGCACAGAAUGAAGCAAACCCAACCCCUGGAGUGGUGAUCAACAGACCCAAUGGGACUGAUGUGUACGGAGGAGUUCCAAAGGACUACAUUGGCGAGGCGGUGACCCCAGCCAAUUUCCUGGCUGUGCUUACGGGAGAUGCAGCAAAAGUUACCGGAGGCUCUGGGAAGGUUCUGAAAAGUGGUCCGAAUGAUCAUGUGUUUGUGUACUUUACUGACCACGGAGCACCCGGCCUUCUAGCCUUUCCCAGCGAUGAUCUCCAUGUCGGUGACCUCAUGAGUGCCAUCAAUUACAUGCAUGAGAACAAGAAGUACAAAAAGAUGGUGUUCUACAUUGAGGCCUGUGAGUCUGGGUCUAUGAUGAAUCACCUGCCCACAGACAUUGAAGUUUAUGCCACGACAGCUGCCAACCCCCAUGAAUCUUCCUACGCCUGCUACUAUGAUGAGAAGAGAGAUACCUACUUGGGAGACUGGUACAGUGUGAACUGGAUGGAGGAUUCUGAUGUGGAAGACCUGUCCAAAGAGACACUACAGAAGCAGUUUAAGAUCGUAAAGGGCCACACUAACACCAGUCAUGUCAUGCAGUAUGGAAAUAAAACUCUAAGCCAUAUGAAGGUGGUGGAAUUUCAGGGUAACCCCCAAGCCGGCGUUCAGCCUGCCACCCCUGUUACUCUGACGCCUGUGACUGAACCUGACCUGACUCCAAGCCCAGAUGUUCCUCUAGCCAUUCUGAAGAGGAAACUAAUGGCUUCCAAUGACAUAGUAUUAGCCAGGAAGUACAUUAGGGAAAUCAAUGCACACCUAAAGGUAAGAGACUUGCUUAGGAACACCAUGCAGGAGGUGGUGAACAAGGUGACGCGUGACCCACAGAAGUCUCAAGACAUCCUUAAUGACAAGCAAGAUCUCACUCAGUUCCAGUGUUACCAAAAAGCAGUCGAACACUACAAGGCCCGUUGUUUCAACUGGCACAAAUCUGAGUAUGAAUAUGCCCUGAGACAACUCUAUGCUUUAGUGAAUCUGUGCGAGAGCAGAUACCCGCAUGAAAGGAUUCUGCAAGCCAUGAAUGAUGUGUGCAGUUUCGGAGUGUAAACAGCCUUGAUUUUAAAAAAAGAGAAAGAAAGAAUCCCGGUUCUUGAUCUGCCGUGCCUCCAAAAAGCUUAUGGAAAAACCUGCACUUUGCACAAAUUUUUUUUAUUAGUGAUGCACCUUAUUGCAUUCCAAUCAUUAUAAAUGGUGGUAUUACUGACAUUUUAAAGGUCCAUUUUAUAUUAAGUGGACUGGUUUAAUCAGAAGAUGUCAUUUGAAACAAACACUCAAUCUAAUUCUAAGACAAACCAUGGCUGUAGGAUGAUCUGUGUUCCUCUACGGCAAUGAGGGCUGCUGGGCCUUUAAAAACCCCUCUCAAUAUUCGAGAAACAUGACUAAGGGUAGUGUGAACCGAGUUCACCUUUUUUGACAUUUUUCCAUCUUCGUGUCAGUUGUUAUACUUUAUAGAUAAUAGCUGCAAAAUGUGUAAUUAAUUGCUUAUUGAGAGUAAGUACAUGUGUGAAACACACAAGUUCAUAAAAAAUACUGUUUACCACCCCUUUAGUGUAAUAACCACUAGACCUCUUACUGUGUAACAGUACUGCUGUCAUUGAUAUUCUUCUGCUAAGGAAUGUGGAAAUGCUUUUAAGAAUGAGUUUCAUUUUUUUAUAGGUGGUGUCAUAAAUUACUGUAGUAAUGGUAAUCGAGGCAAGAUAAUUUUAAAAACAAAUGAUUGAAAGAUGUCUUCAGAAUGUGUGUGAAUAAAUGUAUAUUAAGCCAAA